AUGCAACAACAACCUUUAGAACAAGCUUUGGAUCAGGCAGAGUGUAUCAUUGAAAGAGCCCAACAGAGACCCCCUAACAGGAAUUACUCAUCUGAUGGGGGAAAAUCUAUCCAUGAAAAAUUAUAUGAGAUAUAUGUUGAAGAAUGCGAAAAGGAGCCUGAGGAAAUACAGUCAUUAAAAACCAAUGUGAACUUACUAGAGAAGUUUGUUAAGAGAGAGCCACUGCCCUGUUUAAUUGUAAAUCUAUUGCCAGGAAAAGAUGGUUAUUCACUGAUGCUGAAGGACAAAAAUGGGACUUGUUCAGAGUCCAUAAACCUGCCUUAUGAAGAAUCAGAAUUGCUUGACUACUUGGAUGCAGAACAAUUACCUCCUAUUUUGGUGGAUCUCCUGGAUAAGUCUCACAUUAAUAUUUUUUACUCUGGAUGUAUCAUAGCAGAAAUCAGGGACUACAGGCAGUCGAGCAAUACACCUCCUGGCUACCAGAGUAGGCAUAUUCUCUUACAACCAACCAUGCAGACUUUAGCCUGUGAUGUACAUUCAAUGACCAGCAAUAGCCAGUUAUGGUCUCAGGAAGACAAACUAAUGCUUGAGAGCCAGCUGCUCUUAGCAACAGCCGACCCACUGUGUCUUGACCCUUCUGUAGCAGUUGCCUGCACUACAAACCGACUGCUCUACAAUAAGCAAAAGAUGAACACUCACUCAAUGAGAAGAAGCCUCAAGAGGUAUUCUUCUUCCUCUCUUAGUAGGCAGGAGGAGAUGUCUGGUUGCUUAUGUCCUCCUGAGCUAAGCAUGGUGAAUAACUGCAAAAGAAGCAAACGAAGUAGAGCCAUCCCACAGUAUGAUCUCAAAAUUUCUGAUGGCAGUUGUGUAGAUACUUGGAAACAGAGACCCUGUGACUUGGCUGUCCCUUCUGAAGUAGCUGUGGAGAAAUACGCAAAAGGCAGGACAAGUAUCUCAAAACCAGCAUCCUGGCCAGCCCGAGAGGCAAAAGAUAAUUCUGGAUUUGGAUGUAAAGCUGGCCAACAGUCUCAGACAACCAAGUCGAUCUUGAUGCAGUCAUCUAAUGACCCACCUUUCUCUGGGAUAAAGUCAUAUACAGAAGCCAGAUGUGAGACACCACUGUCUCCAGCCCACUCCUCCACUGAUGACCAUUCAUAUGGUAUUAAGCCCGAGUCUAAGAUGGACACUAGGAGCAUGAUCAAUUGGCCUGAGGAGAUAGCCUCGAAGGAUAGUCUAGUUAGAGACUCCACUAGCUCUGGUGUCUCUGCUGGUCAACUUUCCCAAGGAAGUGAAAGAGUACAUUUUGAGUCAAUGCUGACUCCCAGUUCAAUCCUGGAGAAGGAAAAUGACUUUUAUGAUCUACCUAUGACACUUCCAAGCUCUGAAGACAGUUCCUCAUGUAAUAUUUUUACUCCUGAGCAGACAAGAAGCUUUUUUUGCUCUUUAUCACCUGAUCCUGCUUCUGAGCCACCAUCUCCUUCCCAGACAUCCUCUGUGGAAGUGAACAGAGUCCAGAUGACUCCUGCAGCUGACUUGCUCACAUCAUUUGCCACAUCAUUACAAAACAGUCUGGCCCCAAGUAGUGACACCUCAUCACAACCAACACUGGCCCUGCCCACUGUCAAGUCCUCAGAGAGGCCUCAAGCCACCCAGGACACUGCCAACUCUGCAGGACCAAGUCUCAUCAAAGUGGUGAGUCUUCAGUGUGCAGCACCAUCUUCGGUAAGUGAUUCCAACCCCAUGCCAGCCUUGGAGGCUCCUGCCAACUCUGCAGGACCGAGUCUCAUCAAAGUGGCGAGUCUUCAGCGUGCAGCACCAUCUUCGGUAAGUGAUUCCAACCCCAUGCCAGCCUUGAUCUCCAAAACCAGGGCUCCUGCUGGCAAGAAGGCCAGCAGUAAACGUAUCAAAGCCCCACCGCCCCGGGUGCAGCCCAGUACAUUGCCUCAAACGGGCGUUCAAUUUUUCUUGAAAGGUCCUUCUGGUCUCAAGCCUGUGCGUUUAUUUCAGCUUUCACAAGGUUCCAUUCUAUUGAAGACCCAGCAAGAGACAAAGCAGCAGCAACAGGUAUUUCAACUGAUCCCAAGUCAGCAGUUUCCUCAGCAGAAUUACGUUUCUAGUGCUCCACAGCCUGUGCCACAGGCAUCCACAACACAGCCUUCUUCUGGUGGUCAGCGAUCUGUGGUCUUUAAACUUAAUGGAGUGGGAUGUUUGCAGUCCCAGGCGGCAGCGUUGGCUCAGCUUAACUUGCUCCAGCGAAGAUCAGUGUCAAAUAAUACUCGGCAGCGUCCUGUUCCUGUCUGUAUGGCCACUACACCCACGACCACAGUAACAGUAGCCAAGGCUUCAGUAGUAGCAGCUGCAGCCAGAAGAACAACAGCCAUGGCCAGAAGACCAUCCACAAUCUCAACAGCAGCAGCUGUUGCCUCAGUUACAGCCACAGCCUCAGUGGCCACGGCCAGAAGACCAUCAGCCAUGACCUCAACAGCAGUAGCCAAGGCUUCAGUAACAGCUGUGGGCUUGGUGGCCACAGCCAGAGCCACAGUCUCAACAGCAGUAGCCACAACUUCGGUAGCAGCCAAGGCCUCGGUAGUCACGGCCAGAAGACCAUCAACCAUGAUCUCAACAGCGGUAGCCACCACCUCAGUAACAGCCACGGCCUCGGUAGCUGUGGUCAGAAGCCCAUCAGCCAUGGUUUCAACAACAGUAGCCACUUCCUCGGUAGCAGCCACGGCCUUGGUAGCCACGGUCAGAAGACCAUCAGCCACGAUUGCAACACCAGCCACAGACAGAAGAACAAUAACCUUGGGCCCAAGAAUAGGAGCCACUGUGUCCACACCACCAGCCACUUCUGCCAUCAGAGUUGAGCCCAUGGUCAUAAAAGAAGCAGUUGCCAUUGUGGAGAACCAUGCAGCACACAGUGAUCAUGGCGCAAUCACCAUCCUGGAGAGCUGA